GGUGACGACGGUGGCCCUGGGCAAGCACCGCCUGUACGGGCGGGAGGCGGGGGAGGAGCGGCGCAUGGUGGCCAGGAGGGUGGCCCACCCUGACUACGACCCCACCACCAAGGACAACGACAUCAUGCUCCUCAAGCUGCUGACCCCGGCUGACCUCUCGGACCGAGUCCGGCCCAUCCCCGUGGCCUCCUGCCCGCCCCGGCCCGGCACGGCCUGCCUCACAUCAGGGUGGGGGGCCACCACCUCCCCUGAAGUGACGUACCCCGAGGUGCUCCAGUGCGUCAACGUCACCCUCUUCUCGGCCGCCGAGUGCCGGAGCUUCUACCCCGGCUCCAUCACCCCCAACAUGAUCUGCGCCGGCAACGUCGCCGGGGGGCAGGACUCCUGCCAGGGCGACUCGGGGGGCCCCCUGGUGUGCGGGGGGGUCCUGCAGGGCAUCGUCUCGUGGGGGAUGGAGCGCUGCGGCCGCCCCCGCCGCCCCGGCGUCUACACCAAGGUCUGCAGGUACGCCCGUUGGAUCCACCAGACCAUGGAGGACAACUAGAAGAGAAGAGGAGGAGGAGGAGGCCACGCCCAUCUCGUUGUCAUCAGCCACGCCCACCCCA